AUGUCCGCCGAGUCGCUGCCAUCGGAUGAAUCAGAGGCUCAUCAGCAGCCGCAGCCGCAGAAGAAGAGUACGGACAUAAAGAAGAAUCCCGCGAACUCGUAUUAUUAUUGGCAUGGUCACGAGAAGGAGCGUGCCAAGGUGGGGGAUGUGGCGCCAAUGCCCACGCCGCAGCUGGUGAAGAGGUCGGAGGCUUGCGAAGCCCCCGCCAUCGCCGCCACAACUUCUCUCGUCACGAAGUACAGCUGGUGUGACGCGGAGAACGCUGUUACCGUCUACGUGGACACGAAAGUUGAGGGACAGGAGUCGUUGGCGGACGGGACGCUGCAAGUGGAAUUUAAGAAGCGAACAUUGAGCCUCUCUUACGUGGCAAACGUGGUGUCGUCCAAGGCGACUCCGUUGCAGCGUAAGAAACAACUUCUGUUGCACCUGUCAAAAUCCAUCAAUGUGGAUAAAAGCGAAUAUAAGGUGAAGGAGCCGAGUGGCCAAGUUGUUUUGCGCCUUGUGAAGGAAAAGCCCUCGAAGUGGUGGGAGUUGGUGAAAAAAAAUGCGGGUUCUGGUGAUGACAGUGAGGAGGACUCCGAGGCUGCGGAAGAGGGGGGAGUUUCGCAGAACGAUGCUCCUGCGUGA